GUUUUUUUAUAUAUAUCUCAACGUCCCACCGUCUUCCGUCUUCCAUUCUCCUUCCAUAUUCCAUUCUUCAUUGCAUUCUCAGUUCUCUAUUCCUCUUCUCUUUCUUCCUCUCGCAUUCAUACAGCACUCGUAGUUUUUAUACAUUGGAUAGAUACCACCGGCAAAGCUUCAGUCUCGCUUCUCGAUUUACAUACAACACACUCUCACCACCACCACCACCACCACCACCACCACCACACAUAACACACAUAACACAUACACAAAAAUGGCUACCAACGGUACCACCAACGGUGCUUCGGCCCGCUUCGACCCUACCUUCACCCGCCGUGUCAUUGAGACCAUGGGUCCCAACAUGACUCCCCGCAACCGCCAGGUCAUGAGCGCCCUGUUAACCCACCUGCACGACUUUGCCCGCGAGGUUGAGCUCACUGUCGACGAGUGGAUGACGGGCGUGCACUUUAUCAACGCCGUGGGCCAGAUCUCAACCAAGACCCGAAACGAGGCUCACCGAGUCUCUGAUGUGCUCGGCCUGGAAUCCCUCGUUGAUGAAAUCGCCAACAAGAUCGUCGCCGAGGGCGACAUUGAUCCCACCUCAUCGUCCAUCCUGGGCCCCUUCUGGUCGCCCAACGCCCCCUUCCGCGAGAACGGCGGCUCCAUCAUCCAGGACCCCAACCCCGAGGGCCGCGUCGCCCUGAUGCACGGCACCAUCACCGACCUGCUGACCGGCAAGCCCAUUCCCGGCGCCGUCUUCGACAUCUGGCAGGCCAGCGCCAACGGCAAAUACGACUUCCAGGACCCCGAGAACCAGACCCCCAACAACCUGCGCGGCAAGUUCAAGGCCGACGAGAACGGCAAAUACUGGUUCUACUGCUACCACCCCACUGCCUACUCUCUGCCCACCGAUGGUCCUGCGUACAAGCUGCUGUCGCUGAUGGAUCGCCACCCCAUGCGCCCUGCCCACAUUCACAUCAUGGUCACCCACCCCGAAUACAAGGGAUGCACAACCCAGCUCUACCCCAAGGACGACCCCUGGUUGGCCACCGACACCGUCUUCGCUGUCAAGGAUGACCUCAUCAUCGACUUCAAGCCCCUCAAGGGCGACGACAAGGCUACUCUGGAUCUGGAGUACAACGUCGUCCUGGCCCCCAAGGGAUACAAGGGCAAGCAGUUUUAAAAACCUUUCCGUUGCAAAUGGAAUGGAGGGGGAAAAAGAAAAGAAAAAAAGAAAAAAUAGAGAAACAAAGAUUACAGACUGCAGCGGUAUUUGGUUGACUGGUAUAUCUGUAUUUUUUUAGUUUUUCAUGUAUAAUUUUGAUGGAGGAUAGAAUGACGAGAUGGAAAAAAUCGUCCUUUGGUUGUAUUAUCAGCUAGCUUUGCAUGUAUGUAUUGUAUCAUUUACUAUUACCUAUAUAUAUAUAUAGCAUUUUAUUUUUGAC